AUGGCUGAAAUGGAUCUACGAAUUGAAGAAAAUUACAGUGAACUUGAAAGUUUAAAUUUUGCGUUGUGUAAAAAUAGUCUCCUGAUAUUACAUCUUAAUGUCAGGGGUCUCAAUACUAACUUUGAAAACUUAGAACUAUUUAUAGAAAAAUUAUCUGUUAAACCGGACAUCAUAGUUUGCUCUGAAACCUGGACACUGCCCUGUUUCUCAUUCUUCAAGAUUAGUGAUUAUGAUUGUUGCUACAAUCAUAGUAUGAUUAACAAAGCUGAUGGUGUUUUAAUGUAUAUUAAAAAGACAUUAAACUCGAGUUUCGUGAUUGAAGAAGUGGGUAAUUUAAAAAUAGUCUCCACUAUUUUCAAACGUGACAAUAAUGUCAAAUUUAAAGUCUCAGGUGUAUAUAGAUGGCAUGAUGUUAAUAAAGAAGUCUUUAUUAACUCAAUUUGUGAUUACCUUAAGUCUACUUCUCAUGAAAAAAAUCAUGCAAUUGUUGGUGAUUUUAACAUCAAUGUGCGUAACCUAGAUAAUUCAACUAAUAACUUUUUAUCAAAUUUCCUGGAUUCUGGUUACAUUCCAUACUUUAAUGGAGUAACCAGACCUAAUGCUCAUGAUCCUGAUGAGUUUUUUGAUACUCUCAUAGUGACAAUUAAAUCGUUUAUUAAAGACUCUAGUGUUGUUGUUAAAAAAUCUAGUCGUGAUAAUAAACCAAGAAGUAAUUGGAUUACCAAGGGAAUUAUUAAAUCUUGCAAAACCAAAGAAUCUCUAUAUAACAUAUGGAAAUUGGAUAGAAAUAAUAUUACUCUAAAACUAGAAUAUAAUAAUUAUUGUAAAACUCUAAGCAAAGUGAUUAAAUCAGCCAAAGCUAAAUAUGAAAGAGAAAGGGUUAAUAAACGCAUCGUCAACGAGCUGGAUGCUCUAUUGAAUGAGCAUAAUGAAUUGUUGAAAAUAUUCAAAUCCCACAUGCACAAAUUAGAAAGCGAUAAUCACGCUAUUGUUAUUAAUCCUGAUAAAACACCAGCUGGAGAACACAUUCGUAGAUUCAAUGCACCUGUUGCUGACGACGUUGCUGGAAUCAUGGUCGGCGAUCGUACAGGUGCACGAGAAAUUGUGAUUCGUAGGAGAAAUAAUAAUCUUCAGUUCAUUGCUGAUACACACCGUUCAUAUGACGCUCUCCAAUAUCCGCUAAUCUUCUGGAAGGGACAAGACGGAUAUAGCAUAAAUAUUAAACAACGAGAUCCCGUAUUAGGAGCCGGAACAAACAAGAAUGUUAGCUCGAAGGAUUAUUAUGCAUAUAGAUUGAUGAUUAGACGCGGGCUGGAUAACGUCAUUCUACGAUUUCGAGAGCUUUGUCAACAAUUCAUGGUCGACAUGUACGCGGAGAUAGAAGGCAAACGACUACGAUACUUACGAUAUAAUCAACUCAAGCUACGUGUGGAAGAGUACAUUCACUUGCGAGACGCUAUUGUCAACAACGCCGACGCCACCGAAAUUAAUAACUCUGUCAUUCUACCAUCAUCGUUCGUAGGCAGUCCACGUCAUAUACAAGAGUAUAUACAGGAUGCUCUGACUUUAAUGCGCGAAUAUGGGCGACCGUGUUUAUUUAUCCCGUUCAUAUGUAAUCCAAAAUGGCCAGAAAUUACAUCUUUGCUGUUGCCUGGCCAAAAUGCAAUACAUCGCCAUGACAUUACAGCACGUGUGUUUAGACAAAAGCUGAAGUCAUUGAUAAAUUUUAUUACUAAAUCACAUGUAUUCGGUCCCACACGUUGCUGGCUGUAUUCGGUUGAGUGGCAAAAGCGAGGAUUAUCUCAUGCCCACAUUUUGGUUUGGUUAAUCGACAAAAUCCGUCCUGAAGAAAUAGAUAAUAUAAUUUCUGCAGAAAUUCCCGAUCCGUCUACGAGAUCAAAAGAUUUCACUAACGAUACAAUCACGUAUGUCGACGGAUAUCCAAUAUAUCGUCAAAGGAAUCCAGAUAAUGGCGGACAAUCAUUUAUUAAAAAUAUCAGCAACACAGACAUUGACAUUGACAAUCGUUGGGUCGUGCCAUAUUCGCCCCUGCUGAGCAAAACAUACAAUGCUCAUAUUAAUGUUGAGAUCUGCAGUUUUGUGAAGAGCAUCAAAUACAUUUGCAAGUAUGUCCAUGAAGGUAGUGACAUGGCGGUGUUUAGAGUGGAAAAUACCAAUGUGAAUGCUCCUCCAGUAAAUAAAAACGAUGAAAUAACGCUCUACCAAAUAGGUCGGUACAUCAGCUCCAAUAAAGCUGUUUGGCGUAUCUUUGGUUUUCCAAUUUAUGAACGGAAUCCAGCAGUUGUUCAGUUAGCCGUUUAUCUUGAAAAUGGUCAGCAUGUAUAUUUCACGAACGAGACAGCGAUUGAUCGUGCUAUAAAUCCACCAAAAACUACACUCACUGAAUUUUUUGAAUUGUGUAAUCGUGCGGAUGAUUUUGGUGCCUUUGCACGUACUUUACUCUAUUCACAAGUACCACGCUAUUUCACAUGGGCUCAAACAAAACAAUGGAUACCCCGCAAGCAAGGCUCACCAGUUGAUGCAUGCCCCAAUUUAUUCAAAUCAAACGCCUUGGGGCGAGUAUUUACAGUGAAUUCAAGACAGACUGAGUGCUUUUAUCUUCGACUAUUGUCGGUUAAUGUUACUGGCCCAUUGUCAUUUCAAGAUAUACGUAAAGUGAAUGGGCAACAGUAUACAACGUAUAAAGAUGCAUGCCUUGCACUCGGCUUGCUAGAAGAUGACAAUCAGUGGGAAUGUAUGCUUGCUGAAACAGCAUUGAACUGUACAGCAAUACAAAUUCGUCUACUAUUCGCUAUAGUGUUGACUACAUGUUUUCCAGCCCGAGCAGAGAUAUUGUGGGAUAAUCACAAAGAUUCAAUGACUGAUGAUAUAUUGCAUCAACAUCGUACACAGUGUAACGAUCUAGCGAUAACAUUCAGCGACGAUACGUACAAUGAAGCAUUGAUUGCUAUUGAGGAUAUUUGCAUUAUCAUUGCAAACUUACCAUUCAGUCAUUUCGGUAUGAAUUCGCCAAAUCGAGGUGCAACUGAUUCAAUAAACACUGAAAUGAAUAGUGAAAUGCAGUACAACACUGUAGAAACGGCGGCGAUUGUUACUCGCAAUGUCCCACUAAUGAAUGAGGAACAAAGAACCAUUUACGACCGCAUUAUGCUUUCAGUUUCAGCAGGACAAGGUGGGUUCUUCUUUUCAGAUGCACCAGGUGGAACUGGCAAGACAUUCCUUAUUUCGCUAAUUCUCGCCAAAAUACGAUCCAAUAAUGACAUCGCAUUGGCCGUUGCAUCAUCGGGCAUUGCGGCAACUUUAUUGGAUGGAGGCAGAACAGCUCAUUCAUGUGCAACAUAA